UAUCAUCUUUAUCAGUUAGCCUAUUUCAACAUCACGAAAAUUGUUAGGUAGCCUAUCUUAAGUUUGUUUAAAUUUAUCGCCUUGAAUUUUAUCAUUGAUUUUAUGUUGGAAGUAGUUAACAUAUUGACUUUAGAAUAUGUUAUAAACAACCUAGCCUAGUUCUAAUAAUUAGCCUAGGCUGAGAUAAACCAUUGACUAUAUAACAUAAACUUACUUAAGGAAGAAAUAAACUGACUAACUUUAUUCUGGUUGGGCUAUGUCUUUAUCGGGAAUUUUCAAAAAAGCAUCACAUUAUAUUCUUGGGUCUCAGAAUGAGUCUCAGCAAUGCCAGUUUACUAAUGAAGGGGAGAUCAUAUUCUGUAAGAACAAUGUCUGCGUUCACCCACCUACGAUGCUACGACAAGACACAGAUAUCAUCCAUCAUCCUGGCUACUUAACACUCACGUGCCAGACAAACAGUGUUACCAACAGACCAACUUUGAUGCUAGCAUGGAUACCCAACCAGGUGCUUCGAGGCAACCCUGCGACAGUGGAGCAACGUAGCCUCUCUGCUUCGAGGUGUGGCGAUAAGCGGAGACAGUCAACCGAAUCAAUUUCGACACCAGAUUCGUUCAGACACAGUUCGGCUGAUAGUCUGGAGUCUCACAGCAGUGUGCCCAACAGUGAUUGGCUUAGAGAGAUAGAAAGUCGUCUGAAGCGAGGCAGCCUCUCAUCAGACAACUCCAUCAAGAGUCCAGAUGAGAACAAGCCAGAGUGUUGUGAAUCAGUGCCAAAUAUAGUAAUCGAUUCUAGUCCUCCGUGCUCAUUAGAUAGUGUUAGUGAUACUUCAAUGUGUGAGAGAAGGAUGUCUGCGUCUAAGGAGAUGCCAGCGUGGAUGGUGUCGCCUGAAGUGCUCGCUCAGAGACAUAACCUCACAUUCCCUGACAGCGCUACCGCCUCACCAGUCGUCCGGAGAGCCUACCGGACCUGUCGGAAGUUUUCUGUCGAUCUAAGUGAGAUGAGAUCGUUGCGAUUGUUCUUUAGCGACGCAUCGUCCACACAGGGGCAGCUGGUGGUUGCCUCGCGGCAGUGUCAGUACAAGAUCCUACACUUCCACCAUGGAGGGCUAGACAGGCUGGCCAACACGCUACAAGCAUGGAACUUGCUCACUGUCCAGAGUGACACUAGCAAUGAUGACGCACCUUAUAGACACUUCAUGGUCUGCAGGCCAGCUGUCAGUGAAAGUGAUCUGCACCCUGAGGAAGGAACUGUUUCUCCUAUCUCAUCAGCUGAUUGGGUGGAAAUGCUCAACUGUGACGGCCAAUUGGAAGAUGAUGUUCCACUUAGAAAGGGAAUUUUUCUGGGUGGACUUUCACCAGACCUACGCAAAACUGUUUGGCCAUUCCUGCUGCAUUUUUACUCAUUCCAGUCAACUUACGCGGAACGAGAACACAUCCUACAGAGACGGAGGCUCGAAUAUCAUCAGAUUAAUUGUCGACGUGAAAGUUUGGAGGGUGCGGCAAGGGAAAGGUUCACUCGCAACAUUACCUGUGUCGUAGAGAAGGAUGUUGUAAGAACGGACAGAAGUCACCCGUACUACGCGGGAGACAGCAACCCUCACGUGCAGACCAUGAUGAGGAUCCUGUUGAACUACGCUGUGUACAAUGCCAGUCUAGGCUACACUCAGGGCAUGUCGGAUCUGCUGGCCCCAGUGUUGGCUGAGAUUGAGACUGAGUCUGAUGCCUUCUGGUGCUUUGUGGGUCUCAUGCAGCGAGGCAUGUUUGUCUGCACUCCGACCGACUCGGACAUGGAGAGAAACCUGAAUUACUUGCGAGAACUGAUUAGAGAAAUGGUGCCGGAGUUUUACACACAUUUACAAAAGCAUACUGAUGCCAUGGAAUUACUGUUUUGUCAUCGUUGGAUUUUAUUAUGCUUCAAGCGUGAGUUCCCUGAACCUGUAGUUCUGCGUAUCUGGGAGGCUUGCUGGUCCAACUAUCUGACUGAUUAUUUCCACCUGUUCCUCUGUCUUGCCAUUGUCUCUGCGUACGCAGACGACGUCAUCGCACAGUGUCUGCGCACUGAUGAGAUGUUGCUGCACUUCAGUUCUCUUGCCAUGUUUAUGGACGGAGAUCUCAUUUUGCGCAAGGCUCGAGGGUUGGUGUACAAGUUCCGAGAACGCCCUGUGAUACCCUGUACACUGGUAGGACUAUGUCAGCUGUGCGGCACUGGUAUGUGGGACUCAUCACAUGUCCCCACUGUCGUCUGCCGCGGCAACAGCAUCACACCGUGCCCCCAGGACCCAUGUCCGUAUCGAGGCAUCACCACCAACGGGGAAUGAAGACUGAUCUCAACAUAUCAACACUACCUUGCCUUCCAAGCCAAAUCAUUCCGUUUGAAAGCUAGUCACAUUGAACGUAACAUCACUACUGUACUUUCAUCUUCCUAGUUUAAUAUUUUAUAGUUUUAGUAGUACCUAUAACCCCUUAGGAAUUUAGCCAAAGAUUUUACUGAAAUAUUAAAUGUGCUUACUUGUUACCUGAAGUAAUAGACUAUCUUACCAACAGUUUUACGUUUCUCUGACAUAGUUCUUCCAGAUCUGUGUAGUUUUUAUCAACACUGUUACCAUAUCUUUGUGUUUUAUUGCUAAAAAUGUUUCAUUGUUAACUGUGAUAAUACAUGGUUUUAAUUGUUGUGAUCCAGAAAGUUUUACCAGUUUGACCGUUAUUUAUUGUAAUGUUACAAUUUAGGACAAACAGAUAGAUCAUGGAAAUGUUUUUUUAAUGGAGAAAGCACAGAAGAGACAAUAAUGUGUUGAAUUUUUUCUUGUUGCUGCCAAAAGCUAUUUGCCAAAUCUCCUCUGGUAGCAUACUAAAUAUAUUUGACCGUUACAUUUUUUGUUAACCCUCCAGUACUUGCGCGGCUAAAAGUAACACCAGUACACGCGUGCGGACUGACAGUCCGCGUCUUACUCCUUACUGGUGGAAACUCUCUUUUAUAUACCUAAUAAAGUUCAUAAUAGCAAGCAUCAUCAUUUCAAAUAAUCCAAAUAUAGGUAAAUAGAUAUAGAAAAACUUCAAAAUAAUUACAAAUAUUUUAAAUUGAAAAUAUCAUGUUGAAAACCAAGAAGUCAAUCGCUGGCCUGUUCUUCAUCCUCUUGAAACAUGACGUGUUUAACUUAACAAACUCGUAGCUAAGGGCCAACUGACGCCAAGACUGUCAAACACCGCCAUUGUCCUUGGAAAGGUAGUGGGGGAAGGUAGAUGACAGGUCAUGUAAUUUGCUCGUGGAUUCACUUAUUUCGACACGAUUUUUCAAAUUUGUGGACUCUGAGUCCGCGGCACGUGUACUGGAGGGUUAAUUUUAUUGCAUUGCUACUGGUUGGCAGUCACUGUAAGUAAAAUGGAUACUUUAGUUAAGGAUUAAUUAAAAAGUUAGAUCAUGUGUAAGUCGUUAGUUGCUCUACCCAAAAAUCAACCAAUUGAUUCACCGGUAACAGAGAAACCCAAUCCAAUAAAAAAUAUGCUAUCCAAUAAAAAAAUGUUAAAUUAUGUUGGUACUGUAUGUUAUUCAAUAUUUGUAAAUAAAUGCUUUUACAUUUUGUUAUCAUAUUUUGUUAAGUUUUGAUGUUCGUAUAUACUUAAGUGCAUUAUUCAGCUGUAGAGAUUAUGUGAAUUUUAAAAUAACAAUUUUCAAGAUUUUGUAGUAGGGACAUGUUAAUAUUUACUAGGAUUAGUGGGAUUUCUUUCAUAGCAGUGAAAGCCAAUUGAGCGGAGCGAUGACGUUUUAUGAUUUUUUAUAAAGCAAUAAAUAAAUAAAAAUUUAACUUAUAAGCUUUGCUCAGAACUAUCAACAUCUAUAAGAAGUUUCAUUAGUAUAUGUGGACAUUAAAUACAAAUCCUUUGUAUCGGUAUUUUUCCUGUGUUUGCUUGCUAAUGUCAUCUGGUGAACCCACAGUUCUGGUUGAACCCGACCUUGAAGCUAAACCAACUGACAUUUUCUCAUUCUUGGCCAGAUUUUGCAAUUCGAAUUCAGGCAGAAAUAAUCCUUCAUUGAUCCAUACAAUUAGCAGAUGUAACCUUUUGAAGACUUGCCUGCUUUGAGAGAAUUGCACAAAUAGUUGUCACCAUGCCUUAUGAGGUUUGUUUUUUAAAUUUUGUACAUUCAACUAUCUCAAAACAUUGCCAGAAGUAGUUGUUUGUGUGUUUUGGGGUUUAUUGCUCGUCUUCAUUUUUUACAAAUAUCAGGCAGUUUUUGAGAAUGCAUUCUGAAAUUUUCCGUAAUAUGACACUGUUAUACAAAUUAGGUAUUUUCUUGUAAAACAAAAACGCAAAAAAUACUUUAUCCUUGAGUAAAUGUGUUAGAAAGUUUGCAUUGAAGUCGAUUCCAAAGAGCUUUGCUCCGCUCAAUUAGCACGAUUACGCUAUAACUUUAUACAGCUACCUCUACAAUCAAUCAAUAUUUAUUUCUCCUUUGACCAAUUUUGUGGAACUUGAAAUAUUUUUAAAUUUGUAAUGUUGUUUAUUAAUACUUUUAGAGAGAAACUGAAAAUAUUUUAGUCAGUUGUUAAGUUUACUCUUUAGCAUGCUAUUUUCCAAUGCAAUUUAGUUUGAAAAUAUCUUAUUUACACCUGGUAGUUCCAAUUCAAUGAAGCAUUCAUUCAAUAUCAUGUAUUGUACUGUAUCUAGUUGUAAAAUACUCAGAAGUAUUUUAAUAUUUUCCGGCUGUAUUUUAGGAUUGAUUCCAAUUUACCAUGUAGAACUAUGGAAAACAGAGGCUUGGACCUAAAUAUUUUGAUACAUGGGAAGUAUUUAUAGUUAGAGUAUAACAACUGACAGAGAAUCAUAAGGUUUUUUCCAUUGAGAUGAAUAGAUUAUAACUGUCACACUGUCUCGGUUGGUUGGACUUGUCAAAGUAUAACCCCAUCUGAUUGGAUCAAAUUUGACAACUAUCCAACCAACCAAUCAUAUGGUCAACAUAACAAUAAGAACAACUGAAAAAAAAACAUCAAAAAGAGUGGUACACUUUUUUAAACAAAGUGGUGACUCCAGUUAUAAUCUAUUCAUCUCAAUGGUGGUUUCAUCGUGAUGUAUUUGGCUCAGCUGAUUUUAUUUAUUCAUUUCAACAAUAUGAUGUACCAAAUUUAAUUUUUUUUAUAAAGUAUAAAAAAAUGCAAGACCCUGGAGGAAUCCUUGCGAUAUACUUACUCUGAAGAGCAAACUUAAACAGUUGACGUAAACAUUGCUUUCAUACAAGGUUUUUCAGAGAACUGAUUAAGACUUAAUAUAUUGUUAGAACGUUAGAAAAUAUCAAUAUAGCUACUAUGGAAUAAAUUUUCUACUAUGGAUUUUAAAUGUUAUUUAUAAUCCAAUUACUAAUGUGUGAUUGAAUUAUAUUUCAUUGCAUUCUAUUGAGCUUACAACAUUGAAUGUAGGCCUAAUGUUUCUUGGCUAUUAUCACUAUUCUAUUUGCUAAUGCUACUUUAUGACUAUGUUAAUAUGUUGUUCUGUUGCUUUAUUUUGAUCUCCAUAGUAUAUUGUAAUGACUCAUU